AUGAAGCUUAUAUUAUUGGCUUGUCUAUUCAUCUCCACUGUGCUCGGUCACAAUGUUUUACUCCAACCUUAUGGCAAGCAGUGUUUCUUUGAGACAUUGAAAGUCAACGACGAACUUGCUAUAUCAUUUCAAGUAGGAUCACGUAACCCACACAAUUCAGAGCAAUAUGACGUCGACUUCUAUAUAACGUCACCACAGGGUCAAACAGUGUUGAAGAAGGAUAAACUCGAUCAUGGUGACGAACUGAUUACUGCCAAAAUGAAUGGUAAAUAUCAAUACUGUUUUUCCAACGAGAAAUCCAGCAGAGUUGACCUUGAUGUCAGUUUUAAUAUUCACGGCGUAGUGUAUGUCGACGUUAAUGACCCCAAAGCAGACACAUUGGACUAUGCCAUUCAAAGAUUGAGUCAAUUGACCGACGAUGUGAAAGCUGAACAAGGAUACUUGGUAAUUAGAGAGAGAACACAUAGAAACACCGCCGAGUCUACCAAUUCGAGAGUCAAAUGGUGGUCGGUUUUCCAAAUCUUCGUUGUUGCUGCAAACUCCGUGUUCCAGAUAUACUACUUGAGGAGGUUUUUCGAAGUAAAAUCCGUAGUUUAG